UUCCACCCAACCAUCCCCCUUCGAAAUUCUAUAUCUUUUCCUUUGCAACUAUCACAACAAGAUUCAUCCAAGCGCCUACCAUCUCUUUCUUACAGUCCCUGUCACAGUCAACCAUGUUUCAUCCUGAGUCUCUCAGAGACCGAAACCUCGCGAGAGCUGAGGAAAUCAUCUCUUAUCGAUUCACCAACCCGCUUUUACUUCAAGAAGCAUUGCAGUUAGCAGGCGUUUUCGACCAGAUCGGGAACAAGGAUCUCGCUUUGCUUGGUGAUGCUGUCAUCCACUUGAUUUUUGUCAAGGAAGGCCUUCGUCGACGUGCGACGCGAGGUCAGAUAAACAUUGUCAUAUCAACAAGGUCGUGCAACGACUAUCUUGCGCAGCAAGGCUCCUCCAAAGGCUUGGCAGAAUGCGUAUUUGCCAACCACUGCCAAGGGAACACAGUCCACCGGGGCCCUAUGGCUUCUACCGUAGAGGCUAUCAUCGGGGCUGUCUUCAAAGAUAGCGAUGAGAAAUUGGCGACCGUCAAAAGAGUCAUGGAGACUCUAGGCAUUUCUUGGCCGGAGUGAUCUCCGCAGGUAACGUUUUGCCCCUACCCCUUAUCAAAAAGAAGAAAAAAAAAGCAAGGUCAGAGCGACUGCUCGUGUUAAUAGGACUCUAGUUACUCCUCGCGGAGGCCUAUGGUUGAUCCUCUGCCAGGUCUGGUGGGUGGGACUACAAAAGCGCGGAAGUCGCAUUCUAAAGCAGGUGAUGAAGUGUUCCUUCACCUACUUCAGAAUGGAUUGUCGCGCUUUCGAAGUCCCACCCACCUGACCCAGCAAAGGAGCUUCCAUACGCCCCCACGAGGAUCAAGUAGGCUUCCUCAACUUACAACACUAUGUCUCAUCGCAGUCGGCUUGACAUCAACCGACGAGGAUGUCCGUUCACUGAUGGCAUCUUAGGCUGCUGCCAGGCCCUUGCCUGAGGGGCGGACUGAGCAAGCCAUAUUUUCAUCAACUGAAAAGCAUGGCGACCCCUUGACUCCAGGCUCCAGUGUUUCAUCAACUGAAAACACAGACGCUCAUUAGAUAGUUGAAUACAAUGC